AUGUUGGUCUCUCUGCUCGCUCUCGUGGCUACCGUCAGCGCUGUCGCUCUCCCCGAGCCAGCUGCUCUCGAAGAACGUCAAACAUGCCGAAUCGCUACUUCGGCUGAACUGUCCGCUGCCAGAGCAGCCUUUCUACGAGAAGGAAUUAUUCCUCCAACUCCAGCUCAAUUCGACCCAGCAGAGGCGCAAUUGAUUCCAGAGUUCAACCCUGUCUCUGCUUUGGCGGUGUCUUAUGGCAACAAGGCCGUCAACUUCGGCAACAACUUCUCCACUGUUGAAACUAUCCCCAGCCCAAACUUCAGCUUCACAAGAGAACCCAAUUUCGACCCCGCCACAACAAAAUACACCCUCAUCAUGGCCGACCCAGACGCACCCAACUCCGAAACCCCAAUCCUGGCUCCCUUUCUCCAUCUCAUCGUCUCCGACGUCCAACCCGACUUCAUUCCAACUCAGCGCCGCAAGAUCGUAGCACCCUACAUGUUCCCAACUCCACUCUCCGUCGCACCUCACCACUAUACUUUCCUUAUCUACCGCCAACCACCGAACUAUGUCCCACCAGCUCAGCUCCAGAACCUGCCGGGUCUGAGAGCCCGCUUCCCACUGGUUGAUUAUGUUCGCAACAAUGGAUUGAUCGGACCUAUCGCGGGUAACUUUUACAACGAGGGACUGGGAAAUGUUUUGGACAUUGGUGUUUAG